UGUCCUAUACUAAGAGUACAACUUGAUAGCAAUCGAGGUCUUUUUCAUUACGCAAGCAAUUUUUCUAAAUAUAUUCCGUACGCAUUUGUUUUAAACUUGUUGCGUAUCAAACAUUUAAAAUGCGUAAUUUGUACGCAACAAUUAUUUUUCAAUGCGUAAUUGGAAAUUUUCUAUGCGUAUUUUACCCGGAUACGCAGCUUAUCUGGGCAUCUGGAUGACCAAUUCAGAUCGACCAUCUGUCCUCAACUAGAUGCCUCUGUAAGAUCGGACAUAUGUAUGCGAGGCAUCGUUCUUGUUGAUAUUGUGUUCAUUUUAGAAAAUACCCCACCCUUAACUUAGAAAACAAAUACUUUUUGUAUAAUUGGAAUAAUCAUGAAAUGGUUAGGUACUUUGUUUCCUUAAUGAGUGAAGUGUUUGUGCUAUCUAUUCAAAUGGUCAAAUUACAUUAGCCAUGAACUGUACAAUGUCUGUCUCAUCAAGCAUGGAUGUUUUGAUGGUGGAUGCGUUCUAGGAAUGUAAAUAUGUUACAUGAAUACUGGGUGAGUUUAAAGCAUUUAUUUAUUUGUUGGUUUUUUUUUUAUCCUCUGAUGAGAGACUUUGCAGUUAAGGGCAAGAAAGGGAACAAGUGGUGUUUCUUAUAAGUGCUAACAACAAGUGUGUGGAUUGUUUGCUCCUAAGUGCUAUCUGCAGGGUCCAGCUUGUUUGUUUAUUCAUGUAAAAACAGUAGCAAAACUGGCUGCGAUGAUGUGCAGAACUGGUAUUUCAUCCCGGCCAGGGUAACAUUGGGUCUACAUGAUGGAUCAAGCUGGCAGGGCCACAACUCCUCCACAUUAGUUUGCUAGUACUGGUUGCAGGACGUGGAUUCAGAUCUUAUUGUCAUCCCCAGUCCAUCCCUCCUUUCUACUCUUGCAUUUUGUGAUUUUUGUAAAUCGUUUUCUUCAGGCUCCCUGGGAUAAAAGUAACUCAUCCAUGUAAAUGGUGAGGUAAAAAGUUUACGUUUGUGCAGUUGGUCUGUUUGUUUUAUUGGUUAGGAAACAAAGAUGUCAGUUGUGUAAAGUGCUGAAUUUCCUGCUCCAAGCUGCACCUCGCCUAGAUGCCGCUUGAGUUCUCUCAUCUUAUUUUAGAUAAAAUCCUGUAAAUACGUUGCGGACUGAAGAGGAAGUAGGAAAGUGAGUGAGUGAGUGGAGGGAUACCAGUCUGUUCUUUGGGCAAGUCAACAACCUGGAUUGUAUAAUCAACACAACAAUUGCCAUGAUUUUGAAUUCAUUUGCAGUGGUGGGAAUGAACCCGAUUUGUUCACCAGCCAUGACACAUAGCUUGAUCCACAAUGGAAGAUACGACACAUACUCAGGAUCAUCAGACAAAUUCUGACUUCUUUUGGGAACUGAGUUUUUGCUUUGCAAUCGCUCUGAUUACUUCAAACAAGAAUUGUUAUGCAAUGUCAAGUUGUUGGAGGGAACAUUACUAGCAAUACUGUCAUGUGCAGAAACAACCCCCAACCAACCUAUGUCUUGACCAUUGACAUGUUGCCCGAGAAAUCAGCUGAUGUCUUGACCAUUGACAUGUUGCCCGAGAAAUCAGCUGAUGUCUUGACCAUUGACAUGUUGCCCGAGAAAUCAGCUGAUGUCUUGACCAUUGACAUGUUGCCCGAGAAAUCAGCUGAUGUCUUGACCAUUGACAUGUUGCCCGAGAAAUCAGCUGAUGUCUUGACCAUUGACAUGUUGCCCGAGAAAUCAGCUGAUGUCUUGACCAUUGACAUGUUGUCUGAGAAAUCAGCUGAUGUCUUGACCAUUGACAUGUUGCCCGAGAAAUCAGCUGAUGUCUUGACCAUUGACAUGUUGCCCGAGAAAUCAGCUGAUGUCUUGACCAUUGACAUGUUGUCCGGGAAAUCAGCUGAUGUCUUGACCAUUGACAUGUUGCCCGAGAAAUCAGCUGAUGUCUUGACAAUUGACAUGUUGUCUGAGAAAUCAGCUUAUGUCUUCAUGAAGAAAAUGUCAGUCACCAGUGAACAUCAAGUGAAAUGUGGGCAAGUCUGCAGCCAGUGUUAUGCUAUGUUGUGUGGAAGAGUAUUUGUGUUGAGAUUUUCAAAUAUUUUAAGCAUGAUCCCUUUGAGGAGUAAAAAACAAUGUUAUGACUGAUAAAAUCUAUGUGAGUGAGUCAUUUCACUUUCACAAUCUGGUUUAGUGAGAGGCCUGCCAGCACAGGCUUUUUCAGUCAAGGAGACCAAAGAGCACAGGCUUAUUCAGACAUGUACGCCCGG